UGACAAAAGACAACACAGAAAUGGGAAAACAGAAUAUUUGGUUCGGUGGAAAGGUUUUAAGACAAACGGGAUGACACUUGGGAACCAGAGCAGAACCUCACAAACUGUGGACAAUGUAUUUGUGACUUUAACAGACGACAGACACAAAAGCAGAAAAAAAAUCGACGUGGAUCAGAACAAGGACGACUUCUUCAAACAAUGUCAGAAAACGAACUUUCAGAACUUCCACAUUCAGCUUCCCUACGAACUUUCCUAAAAGGCCAUCGACUGGCAACCACAACAAAUCCAAAAACAACCAGUUGCUUGCUGCCAGACAGAACAUUAGAAUAAACACUGCUGCACUUCUCACUGACCCAAAACAUUUGGAGCACAUAAAUUCAACUAUCAAGACACCUGUACCUCAGAGAGCCCAGUUAACGGCCAGAACACAGUGCCGUUUUGAAACCUCUGAAACUAGAUCCUGUUGCACCAGUUCAGGAGGACAAGAUGGCGUUUAAGGCGGCAGCAGACAAACACAUCAGAAUUUCAGCAGAUCCUGACACAGAACAGGAUGGAAUAGAAAACAGGACCCACACACAACCACCAGUGUCUCAGAUGUCUGACUCAGUUACUGCUGCCAUGGCCACAGAGUCAGAUAACAAAGAAAGUAUAGGGGUAUUGAUGGACCCUUCAACAGCCAAUGGGACAACAAACAGGCAUACAUCUGUUCGGAGAGUGAAAGGUGGGACAAAAGAGAUUAUUGAUGAGAGAAAAGACCAGCCUUCUACCAAGAGGAUGUAUUUCAUAAGCUUAAAAGAAAGUGACAACAGAUACAGAGACAUUGCAGUCAAGAAAGACGAGAGAUUCACCCACAUAUUGCUAUCCACUAUAUCAACAGAGAAAAAUGCACUGAACACGGAAGUUAUUAAAGAAAUCAUGAAUGCUCUGGAAAGGGCUACUGUGGAUGACAGCAAGCUUGUGUUGUUCAGCGCCCCUGGCAGUGUCUUUCGCGCUGGUCUUGAUUUUGGGUACAUUGUGAAGAAUUUAAGGAAUGACAGAAACAGAAUGAGCCCUGAAAUGAUUAAGAGCUUUGUGAAUGUUUUCAUUCAUUUUUUUAAAAACUUACUGUCGUAUCUGUCAACGGCCCAGCCACUAAACUAGGUGCAACUAUACUACCUCUUUGUGACUUGGUUUGGGCUAAUGAAUAGGCUUGGUUUCAAACCGCAUAUAUGACCUCUGGACAGACUCCAGAUGGCUGUACUACUGUUACAUUUCCAAGAAUCAUGGGUGGAGCAUCCGCCAAUGGAAGGUUGAUUGGUGGGUGAAAGCUGCCAGCACGGGAGGCAUCUGCCAAAGGCCUGGUCUCUCAGGUGUUCUUGACUUCAACUUUCACCCGAGAGGUGAUGAUUCAAAUUAACAGACUUGCCUCCUGUAAUCCUGUUAUACUGGAAAAGUGUAAGGCCCUUGUAUGCUGUAAUAUUAAGAUGGAGUUGGAACAGGCCAAUGAGAGAGAGUGUAAAACGCUGAAGAAAAUCUGCAGCACAGCAGAAGGGAUGGAAUCCAUGUUAAAGUACGGUCGGUCAAACAAAAAUUGAUGAGAUUUAAUAACCAGUCUGUCUGCUUAGGACACAAGUACGGAGCUUAGCAGAAUAUAUUAUUACCGGAAGAUGCCCUAAUUCAUCUUCAUAACCCAUCAUAAUUUCAAUAAUAGCUAAGUCUUGGAGAAAGAAUUGAAAACAUCUAAGAUCUUUAUUUAAUAGUAUCAAAUUUUUGAACACUGUCGAUUUAGAAUAAACAAUAAAACAACUUUUUGCUCAGAUAUCAUUAUUUUAUGCACACAAGAGCUGAAA